AGAGGGGUUUUCCCCACCCCCUUUCCUCUCGAAAGGAACAUGUCUGGCAAAGCCAGGAUGAAAUUUUGGAGCUGGCUGAUUUUGGCCACGUUGGUGGGUCAAGAGUUCUGUCCUUUCCGGAGCGUGGCAGCGAAGAAAGAGCGGAAGAAACCGAGAGACCCAAACCAGUACACGGAGCCCCUCAACACAACUUUGUCCAACAGCGAAGAACUCAAUGGACACUCCAAGAUGCUAGAGACACCCGACCUGCCUGUCACUGACCCACGUCGGACGUGGAUCUCAUUUGUACAGCGUCCUGGCGAUAGCACCGCGGCCAAAAAGAAAUGCAGAGGGAAAGAUAAGAAAUUACGUGGGCUAGUCGGUCCACCAGGACCACCGGGUCCUCCCGGACCUCCUGGCCUGCCCGGUGCUGAAGUCACCCAGGAAGUCUUACUGCAAGAGUUUAAGGAGAUGUUAAAAGAAGCUACUGAACGGCGGGCAUCUUCUGAGUUGCCCUCUCAUCCCAGUGAGGUGCCACCUCUGCUGUCUCUGGAGGAGCUUUCGCCCUAUAAGAGAGUGGAGGAAGCCUUCCAUUGCAAACUCAAGGGCCAGAUCGUGGUGGACAAGAAAACUCUGAUGGAACUCCAGAACUUCCAGAUGCCUUUGGCCAAAGGAGCUUUCCUCCGAGGAUCUGGACUAAAUCUAACAACUGGGCGGUUCACCGCUUCCAUAUCUGGCAUUUACCAAUUCUCAGCCAAUGUCCAUAUUGACCACAGUGAGCUGAAAAGCAAACUGCAGCUCCGCGCGAGAGACAAUGUGCGUGUCUUGAUCUGCAUUGAAUCCCUCUGUCACCGAUACACGUCUUUGGAAGUCAUUGCUGGUCUGGAAAGCAACAGUAAGAUCUUCACCGUUUAUGUCCAUGGGUUUCUGCAGCUACAGGCUGGACAGUACACCUCCAUCUUUGUCGACAACGGCGCCGGGGCGCCUGUUACCAUUCAGAAUGGAUCCGACUUCAUGGGAUUGCUCGUGGGGAUCUAGCGCCCAAGGACCCCACAACGCCACAU